AUGACCAAUGUCUACUUUCUACGACCCAUCUCCUGCACCACUCCCUCUGCACCCUCCAGUGGAUUUGGAAGCUAUGCCGAGUCAGUCUGCUGGGUCCAGGGUACCAUCGGUCUCAAUAAAGACGACAAACUUCCCACCAACGAAACGGAAUGGGACGAACUUCGACACAGGGCUGAUAUCUCCUUCUACCAGUGGGUACCCUUCUGCCUUUCCAUUCAAGCAAUCCUCUUCUAUCUGCCACAUCUCAUUUGGCAAUCCCUGUCUGUCUACACUCUCGGUGACAAUCUCAACUCUCUCAUCACACGUGCGCAAACUGCCACAACAUGUGACGACUUGGACACAAGGUCCAAGUUGGUACACACAUGCGCCGAUCACCUCCACCUCCUUUCACGACAACACACAGACACUCGACAAUCCAGGUUGUCUCGACUCCAGCACAAUGUCCUCUCCUUUACUCAAUGCGCAAGCCUCUGUGUGUUUGGAAAGCGUUUGGGCAACCGCACAGCAGUUCUAUAUCUCUUCGUGAAAUUCCUCUACAUCGUCAACUGCUUGGGACAGCUCUUCCUCGUGAUGCGGUUCCUAGGACCUGAUAACGCCAGCCAAAGUAGUCCACUCACCUUCAGUCAACGUCUCUUCAACUUAACAACCAGUCGACAGGAAUGGGGAGGAAGUGACAUCUUCCCACUCCAAACUCUCUGCCCAAUUCGCGUUCCCAAUCUGGGUAUUCGAUCACAGCUCUACACCGCAAUCUGUGCUCUCCCCGUAAACAUGUUGAACCAGAAGAUUUACCUCUUCCUCUGGGUGUGGAUCAUUGCUGUUCUAGCACUCUCUCUUUUCACAGCAGUGAUGUGGACGCUACGAUUGCUAUCGCGGUCGCACAAUAAAGCAUUUCUGAGGUCUUUUCUCGAAAUCUCCCUCCUAGCCUCGUCUCCACUUCCAGACAACGAAGGACAGGGAGAUUCACACGCACCUCAAUCGGUUGCUUUGAGGGCAAAACAGAUGGAAGUAUUCCUUAAAAGUGUGGUUGGAUGCGACGGCAGCUUCCUCAUCCGAAUGUUACGGCUCAAUGCAGGGGACGUGAUAGCCGGUGAAAUCUUGGUCGCCUGGUGGCAUUUGUUCCACAAUGCAGAUGAGGGGGAGGAGGUGUCUGAGGGAAGUGGGCAGUGA